AUGACGUCCCAACAGCUUGCAGAUGUCACUUGGGACAAGAAUGCACCUCCAGCGACCAUGAGCAGACGCGAACUGGAAGGCAUCAACACCGCUAUGCUGACUCUAACGUCUUUGGUCUUCGUCGCGCGCAUUGCCAUUCGAUUAUCCAAGCGGAGAACAUUCGAGCUGCAAGACUUCUUUUGCUGUCUAUCUUAUCUGUUCUAUGUCGCAAUGCUCGUCAUGUUCUUCAAGGAGAACGACCCGCUUUAUCGAGCCGAGCGUGUUCAGAGAGGCGAGGCGCCGUUGUAUCCAGGGCUCCUUCAUGAUGCAGGAAUGGUCUAUCGAUGGCUGACGGCUGGUCAAUUGCUGUACUAUUCGUCCCUGACAGCAGUAAAGCUAUCACUGUUAGCCCUAUACCGACUUUUGUUGAACAAAGCCUCGCCAAAGUAUAACAUCAUGUGGUGGGCGAUUUUGGCCUUUUGUGUUUUGUCUUAUGUGGGAAGUGCUAUGACAACCAUCUUCGUCUGCGACGACCAAAAGGCGAAGUACAACUACGGUAUGUGCGCGAAACCGGAUGAGCAGAAACGCGCACAGUUUAGCCUAUGGUUUGCGUACGCAGUAGAUGUCGCUGGUGACCUUGCAGUAAUGUUCCUUCCGUUUCGCAUGACGUGGAACCUUCGGCUACCUAGGGCCCAAAAGCUCGGCAUCUUCAUCUUGUUCGGAAGUGGCUGGAUUUGCAUCGUCUUCGCCACGCUUCGUGUAGUCCAAGUUAGCGUCAAAGACGGUCUACCAAAGAUACCGGACCCAAAGUGGUUGCAAAUGUGGACCGUCAUUGAGACUUCGAUGGCAGUCAUUAUUGGCUGCGCUCCAGCCUUCAAUGCUCUUCGUCGUCGUUCUGAACACCACAACGUUGAGAUAACGUCAGUUGGUCUUGAUAUCGAGACCGCAGAUGGCGGCCAUACGAUGCGAGCAGAACCUUACAUGCGAGUCCUGCGAACGAAUGAGCAAGGGAGUGAAGAAGCACUGCAUCCACGUAGCACGCCUGGACUGGCUUUUUAG